GUAUUAUUUGUGAAAACUAUUGUGUUUUUAAGACCAUGAAGGCAUAUUGAAUUGACAUUAAGACCCUUUAAAGGCCACAUGAAGAUCGUUUAGGAUGAAUGCUUUGUGACAAUCAAUGGAACAAUUAUGUUCGCAUUGAUGAACAGGAUAAGUCGGCUGCUAACUUGAAUAGGUCUUAAACAUCAUGCAGCACAAACAAAACCGGAGUCUCACGGAUUUUGGGGGCAAGCCAGUCACGCAAUGGCUCCGAAUAUUCACGUCAAAACUUUGGGGAAGGAGUGGGAGCGUAAUUUAGAAGCAGAAUAACUAUACAUCUUUCAAAGGCUUUUCGAUCACUCCAUCAACGUGAUCCUUUCCUCGAGCUCCUGUACAACUUGAUAUAAUUCCAGUUUGGUCAGACAAUGUUCUUCUCAAGAAUGGUCUGUCCGGGUUUUGGAUCCACUUGAACCAAUCUAUAGUUAUCAAUAUCCAUUCGGAAUUCGGAUAUUAGUAAAGAUUAAGUUUCAGGUUCCUACUCAUAUUCUAGGAUGAUACUUGGUCUCGUUGUCCUUGCCUUGGUGAUACUUUGGCCAAGUCCUAUCAGAUGUGCCAACAUCCUCUUCUCUUGUGGAUCCAUAGAUGGGAGUCAUAUCUUUGCUGGUCUUAUCAUCGGGGAGCACCUUGUGUCUCGAGGGCAUAACGUGACAAUCCUGGUUACCAAUGCAUAUCUUCACCACACCAAAGACCCGCACUACUCUAAAUUAUUUAACUACGAGGUCCUCCACCUGAAGCGCACACCUGAAGAGGUCGUAGAGACCAACCAGUGGGUAGCGUAUGCUGCCAACUCUGGACACCUGCUGUGGAAGCUGCUCACGGAGCCUCCUGAUGUUGCUGGCUGCUUGCGCAGUGACUGCGAAGCGCUUCUGGAUGACGCAGAGCUCAUCCGAAGACUCAACGACACACACUACGAUCUCUUUCUUCUGGAUAAUUUCUUUCCUUGUGGGUUCAUCUUAGCGGCCCUGUUGGAUGUCCGGGUGUCAAUGUUGGGACCCACCACCUGGGAUCCUGAGUUUGGAAAUCUCAUCGGUACGCCAUCUUAUCCAGGAGCCAUCACCACCUUCCAGAUCGGAUUUCCAAGUUACAAGAUGUCCUUCUUCCAAAGGGUUAUUAAUGUUCUUUGCAGUAAAGUGUUCGUCCCUUCCGUUAUAUUUUCUUCCGUUCUGAAUAGCUUCAUGCGCGAGCGGGGCUUGCCUUACACAUUGGAACAGGUCUACGGCAGGGCUGAACUUUUCCUUGCGAACAUCGACUUUGCUUUUCUUGAACCUCUUCCGCUCAUGCCUAAUAUAAUUCCUGUUGGCGGUCUGUCCACGAAGCCAUCCAAUCCUCUUGGAAAUGAUUUGGAGGCUUUUGUGCAGAGUUCGGGUGAUGCAGGCGUCAUAGUUUUUUCUCUGGGGACCUACGUGACGCACAUGAAACGUGAACUCGUCGAAAUCUUUGCAGAGGCGUUUUCAAGAAUACCACAGAAAGUGAUAUGGCAGUUCAGAGGGACACCGCCAGACGUGGUCAAGAAAAGAUCGAAUGUUCUUACCCUAGAAUGGCUUCCCCAGAAUGAUCUUCUUGGUCAUAGCAAGACUCGGGCCUUCGUAUAUCAGGGUGGAAACAACGGUCUGCAUGAGGCCCUUUACCAUGCAGUGCCCAUCGUCGUCGUCCCCUUCUUCGGUGAUCAGAACGAUAUCGCCGCCCGGAUCGUUGCCCGUGAUAUCGGCAUUGCAGUCGACUUCACCAAGAUGACCACGGCAUCGCUUACAGGACAUCUGACGAGCAUCGUUCAAGAUAAAAAAUACAAAGAAGCUAUGUUGCGACUGUCCUCUAUUUACCACGACCGCCCUCAACGGCCAUUAGAGCGAGCAGCCUUCUGGAUUGAACAUGUAAUUAAACAUGGAGGCGACUACAUGAGGUCACCGAUUAAUGACAUAUCCUGGUAUCAGUACUACCUGCUGGAUGUGACGGCAUUUCUUGCUGGAGUGUUUUUCAUGGUUUUAUUAGUGAUAUUCUGCAUAAUUCGUUGUAUGUGUAAAUUAUGGAAGAAGCCUUUCGUGAAGCGCAAAGACGAGUGACCAUAUGGCUUUAUGUGAUGAAAACUUCAGAAGCAUCCCCUUCUCUUCAACAACAAAAACAAC